UUCUUCAACCACAGCCAAUCACCUUCUUCUCACUGCCGGUCACUCCAGCCUUCCCUGCUCCUCUUCUUCCUCCUCAGCCAGACACUUCUAGUUGUUCUCCGUUUCACCGUUCUCACUCCCUGUUGAGAUGGUGAACAAGAAGGAGAGACGGUGAGAGCGCCGGCCCAGACUCAAAGAGAAAAGAUCACCGCCAGCUCUGCGUCUUCUCCUACGAUGAGUAUGAGUCGAAUCCGAUUAGAUCCAUCGGCAAAGUGGGAGAACCGGGAGCAUGGGAGAGAGAAUGAUGUUGGGAAGAAUGGUGGAGGUUCUUCACCAGGGGCACGAUUUUUGUUACAAGAAAUCAGAGGAUAUGGACAAGGAGGCACUUGUUCAAUUGAAUUUUUUGGGGGGGGCAGCUGCCCCCCCUUGUCCUACGUUGGCUCCGUCCCUGGGGAAGAGAAUGGCAUCAUCCAAUCAUAUGGUGGUACUUUGUUUUCUUAACCUGUUAUACAUUAUCAUGUUCUGUGGAUACUUUUAUAUGGGAAAUGUGUUUUAUUGUUAUUUCUUUGGUUAAUUUCUGCCAUUGGGUGGUUGUGUAUCAUACUAUCUUCUAUGGUCAAACAACCUUCAUAUGGUUUAUUGUUACUUCUAUUGUGUUUUGAUUCACGACUGCAUGAAGUUUUUU